AUGACUUCAAAGUUCAAGGCUAUUAUAUUCGACCUUGGUGGCGUUCUGCUCCAUUGGAACAGUGAAGUUGUCACUGAUCUAUCACCGAGUCAACUUCAAACGAUGAUGGAUUCACCUGUUUGGUUUGACCUAGAAAGAGGACACCUCACACUGCAAGAGGCAUGCCAGAAUCUCAGCAAGCUUGUGGGCAUCGAUGCCCAAACCAUCGAACAUGGUCUCGAUGAAGCCCAACAAUCUCUAGAGGUUGAUACCGACUUAGCCCAAACAGUGAAAGAGCUUCGAGCAUCAGAUGAAAAUUUGCAGCUUGUAGUUAUGUCGAACAUAUCCCAGGAGCAUUUUCGACUUGUACAACGUCUACAUCUACCGUGGUCACUCUUCAACUUUACCUUCGCGUCAGGUGCCGUCGGCAUGAGGAAGCCAGAUCUAUGCUUCUUCCAACAUGUCAUUGAUAAGAUCGGCGUCCAUCCUAGCGAUGUGGUCAUGGUCGAUGAUCGGGUCGAAAACAUUCAUGCUGCUCGAACUAUCGGGAUUCAUGGAAUCUUGGUCGACAGCCGCUCUUCUCUUGAAAUUGGUCAAGUUCUGAAAAACAUGUUAUUCGACUCCGUAUCUAAGGCUCAGAUGUACAUGAAAAACAAUGCUGGUAACCAUAUUAGCAUCGUUGAGGGCCAAAAUUUGCAUAUUAGGGAGAAUUUCUCGCAGCUACUGAUCUGGGAACUAACGGGUGAUGCUGACAUAAUUUUCCUGAAGUGGCCAUCCGGAAAAAUCCAGGAUGCCAGCGUUAUCUCUCAUGGCGCGGCUAGCAUUGGCGACUCUAUCGAUAGAAACGUUGAGAAUGGGCUAUGGAAUUUUUGGUGUGAUCAGCCAGUCCUCACAACCCGAGAGUUCCCAGCUGAUGCAGAUACGACGUCUAUCGCUUAUCUGUCUAUUCCCGCAAACCAUUUCGGAGAGAUGGCAGACGUUCAACUAGUCAUGGAAAAGAUGGCUAUGAAUACCGACUCUGAUGGAAUCCUACAGACAUAUUUCAUAGAGGGCAGACCGAGGACAAGCCCAGAGGUCUGUUGCAAUAUCCUACGCGUCUUCUAUCGUUUCGGUUAUAAGCAGGGAAUUGACCCGCGCACAAAGAAGACCCAGGAGUGGGUAAUUCGAUGUCUCAGAAACAGAUCAUAUGUCAAUGGAACCAGAUAUUACUCUACUCCAGAAGUGUUUCUCUAUCUGGUCACUCGACUAUACGUGGAAUGCAACCAGGAGGCUCUUAGGAAAGAUUUAGGAUAUAUUAAAGAGGCACUACUGGAGCGGAUCAACCUACCGACUAACGCAUUGGCACUUGCCUUACGUAUCUCCGCUUGCCAAUCGAUUGGAAUCGACAAGUUGUGCUAUAAGAAUGACCUUCAAAUCCUUAAGUCCUUACAGGAGGAGGACGGCGGCUGGCCAGCGGGGCAUAUUUACCGCUUUGGAAAGAUAGGGGCUUGUAUCGGAAACCGUGGAUUGACAACGGCUUUGGCAGUCAAGAUCAUCCGUUACGAAAAUGAGCUCAACUCAAAGUAG